CUUCCAAUCUCAUUAAUCUCUACAUUUUCAUUCAUUUAUAUCUUAUAAACCUUAUUAAUCCUACUCUCAAAAAUAAAUAAAAAAAACUAUCUUAUUUCAACAACUUUUACCCUCCAAAAAUAAGAAAAAUGAAGCUUAAUAGUCCAACCAUGGGAGGCAGCAAGAGGAAGUUCCUCAACCGCGGACUUAGUGGCAUGGUGAGAGAGCAAAGAGCAAGGCUUUAUAUUAUCAGGAGAUGUGUGGUUAUGCUUCUUUGUUGGCAUGAAUAGAAUUAUUUCAUACCUUUUUUUUUUUUUUUUUCUUUUUAGGAAGAUUAAGAAAAAUUCUUCCUUUUUUUCCCAUCUUUUUAGGAGAUUUUUAAUUUAUAUAUUCAUAUUGUAUAUACUUAGUAGUUAAUGAGUAACAGAUUACUUAAGAUAAAUGUACUGAGAAAGUUUUGACACCAAUUUUGCUCUCUUUUUCCAUUUGAUACUGCCUUUUGGGCUUCUUGUACAUCGGAAUAGCUUGAAUGAAGAUCACUUCAUGUUAAAUUAUUACCAA